AAGGAUGAGGAGAGAGAGAGAAGGCGGUCGAGAGACCCCAGGGAAGAGAGACACGUAGAGAGGAAGAGAGAGGGAGCGGAGGAGAGAGAGAAGGAGAGGAGGAGGAGGGAGGGAGGAGCAGAGAGAGAUAAGGAGAGGAGGAGAGAAGGAGGAGAGGAGAGAGAGAAGGAAAGGAGGAGAGAGGGAGGUGCAGAGAGAGAGAAGGAGAGAAGAGAAGGAGGAGAGGAGAGAGAGAAGGAGAGGAGGACAGAAGGAGAGGAGAGAGAGAAGGAGAGGAAGAUAGAGAGGGAUGCAGAUACGAGAGGACCUGAUAGAGGCCCCCAGAGACACCGAGAAGGAGAGAGAGAGAGGCACAAAGACCGGGCGAGGGAGAGAGACAUAGGAGACGAGAAGGAUAAAAGGAGAGAGGAGAGAGAGGGGCAUAGGAGGAGAGAGGGAGGGAGAGAGAGGGAAGGAGAGGAGAGAGAGAAACACAAAGAGAGGGAGCAUCGGGAAGAGGGCGAUCGACGGCACGAUGAACGGCCCGACAAAGCACGACGAGUAAGACGCUCCGAGGAGAAGGAGGAAGAGAAAAACAAAGAACCCAGAAGAGACGGAGACAGGAGGAGGAAGCAGGAGGACGGAGAGAGGGGGAAGGAGGACGAGAGAGAGAGGAGAAGAGAGAAGGAGGCGAGGAGACGAGAGAAGGAGGAUGGAGCAGGGAGGGAUGAGGAGAGAGAGAGGAGACACAGAGAGCGGCGACAGAGACCGGUCGAGGAUGUCGGUGGGGGCGUGUCCACGGAGCUCAGGGAGCCGGAGGAGACCAAGGCCCGUCACCAUGGGGACCAAGACACUGGGGAGAAGGAGCGGCGGCGAGCGAGUAGACACCCGGUCCUCCCAGAAGCAGCAGCAGCGGGAGCAGAUGUUCCUCCUGCUGCCUCCGAGAGGAAGGCUGCUGCCGAGCCAGAGUCGGCGCACGGAGAGCCCGCGUAUGAAGACGACUUUGAGGAGUACGAGGAGGACUUUGAGGAGCUGGAUGAGAGUGGGGAGGAGGAGCAGGAGGAAGAGGAGAAGGAGGAGGUGGUGGUGGAGUCCCCUCGCCAGAAGAUGGGAGCAGAGAGGAGGAAGGAGGUGGAGGCCAUCCAGAGGGCCAUGGAGGAGGAGAACCGAAGAGCAGCAGGGGGGAGGAGCGGAACCGAGGAGGAGAUCAGACCCCAAGAGUCCGAGCAGACCCGUCCGGGCUCUCCUCAUCGCGGUUCUCAGAGAGGUCCUCAGCGCGGGAAGUUUAUCGACUUUGUGGCGGCGAAGCAGAGAGAAAUCAAUCAGAAAGUCGCCAGCAAGCAGAAGAAGCGCAGUACGGAGCUGCUGCGACUCGUGGAGUUGGACUUCUCUCCGACCUUCUCCCUCCUGGACCUCCCACCGCUCAGCCAGUACGACGUCUACAUCAAGAGCUUUGGGAACACCAACACCAAACAGGCCUAUGUCCAGUGUCGUGAGGAUGACGGGGAGCGAGACGUCCAGACGGACCUCAUCGAGGUCCUGGACAGGUGGACCCAGCACCCGGCGGACCACACUGGAGCCUGUGGGGAACCGGGACGGUCUCAGGACGCCCCAGAUGGGAACACGGCGCAGAUUAACAUCGACUCCCAGCGCCUGGCCACCUUCCUACACUCAGCCGUACAGGUGAUGUCGGUGCUGCUGGAGGAGGACCACGCUGAGAGACGGUCUCUGAGGACGACCAGCAGCCAGACGGACGCCCUGUCCUUCAGCGAGGGAAACCUGCAGCUCAACACCCAGCUGCCCUUUCUCCACGGUCGGCCCUGCAGCCUGCUGCUCUUCUCCGCGUCCCAGAGACAGACCCUGCUGUCGGUCCACGGCCCCCUGGCCCAGCCCGGGGCGGUCCGCCUGGACAGCUGGACCCUGCUCUGCGUCUGGAGCAUGUGGGAGCCGUCCCGACCCCAGAAGGUCCUGGUCUACGAGUCUGAGGUGAGGUGCUGCUGCUUCAGCCCAGGGAGGGGUGCCCUGGUGCUGGCCGGGACGUCGGACGGCUCCCUGGUGCUCUGGGACCUGAGAGAGCCGGCCGGGGGUCAUCACACCAUGACCGUCGCCGGGGCCGAGUGGACCUUCAGACAGCCCACCUUCUCCACCGACGCGGUCCUCUCCGCCCUGGGGCACCACUCAGCAGUCAACACCAUCGCGGUGCUCCCCUCCCCCUCCUCCACCACCUCCACCUCCUCUACAGCCGCAGAGCCCCAGCCCCCCCUGCUGGCCAGCGAGGAGUCGGCGGGGACGUCCUUCCAGCUCGCCUCUCUGGACGAGAGGGGGGUUCUGAACCUCUGGGUGGUGCUGGAGUUGACCUCAGCCAGCCUGGCUGGAUCUCAGACUGACCUGGGUCUGAGGCCCGGAGGAAAGGUCAAGCUGCUACACAGCUCCUGUAUGCCUGCUGUGGAGAGGGAGGGCGCCGACCUUGAGGCCCUGCAGCUCCACUUCCUGCCCAGCGACGCCAACCACUUCCUCAUCACCACCAACAUGGGAGUGGUGCAUCAUGGGACGGUCCAUGGGUUCAGAUCCCCUCCCAGGGACUACGGCUCUCAGGAGGGGGGGUCGAGACCCCUCAACGUCACCUCCCUCCACUUCUCCUCCUUCAACCCCCAGCUCUUCCUGGUUGGCUGCUCGGACGGCAGCAUGAGGCUCCACAUCGUGUCGUCCCAUUGGCCGCUGGCUGAGUGGACCACCUGCCGAGGGGGCGGGGCCCCGGAGGUGGGCGUGGUCUCGGUCCGCUGGUCCCAGUCCAGACCGGCCGUCUUCUGCGUCCUUGACUCCGCCUCCCACCUCCACCUCUGGGACCUGAGCCGCGACGCCCUGGGGCCCGUCGCCACGGAAACGCUGCACGCCGACGGGGUGACGGCCAUGGCAGUGUUUGGCUCCGCCUCCUCCUCCUCCUCCUCCAAUCAGAGCUCGUUCUCCGGAGUGGCGCUGGCGCACCGCACAGGGAAACUCCAGCUCCACUACUUCAACCCCAGCUUCUCCUCGGCCAAUCACGCGGAGGAUGAGGGCGUCCUGCAGUCCAUGAUGGACCAAGCCCUCUGAUUGGCUCAAUUUGAUGUGUAAAGCCUCCUUGGUUUAUAUUCAAUGAUGUCUAAACUAUUCUGAUUGGUUUAUAGUCCAUAAUUUAUAAAGCAUUCUGAUUGACUUAUGGUUUAUGAUGUAUAAAGCAUUCUGAUUGGUUUAUCGUCCAUGAUGUAUAAAGCAUUCUGAUUGGUUUAUCGUCCAUGAUGUAUAAAGAAUUCUGGUUUGCUGGUUUGUACUGUGUAUAUAUAUACCUUCAUUUAUUUUUUACAGAUUUAAAAAUAAUAUUUAAAGUAGGCCUAUGUUUCCUAAUAAAAUGUUAUUUAGAAAGCUCUGAAUUUCCAUGUCAAGCCUGAAUACAGCUGAGGCCAAUGAGGAAAUAAACAUAUAAACAAGC